UUUUCUAUCCAAAUAUAAAAACCCUAAUGCACUUUAAGCUUAUUCCCCUCUUUUCUACAUUAGCUUCCGUCACUCUGUAUCACUGUCUCAGCUCCAAACCCUAAAAAUCUGAAAUUGGAGCUUGACGUUUUUGCGCUAAGCUAUGGCUCUGGUAUUGCACGCUUACAACAAUAACAAAAAUGCUUACAAGGCACUUAUUGCAGCACAAUACUCUGCUGUCAAACUGGAACUCGCUGCCAAUUUUGAGAUGGGCGUCUCUAAUAAGACUCCGGAAUUUCUGAAGAUGAAUCCUAUUGGCAUGGUUCCUGUCCUGGAGACCCCAGACGGCUCUGUAUUUGAGAGCAAUGCUAUUGCUCGUUAUGUUGCUCGCUUGAAGAAUGACAAUCCCCUAUAUGGUUCCUCCUCAAUUGAUUAUGCCCAUAUUGAGCAAUGGAUUGAUUUUUCAUCAUCAGAGAUUGAUGCCAAUAUUCUAGCUUGGAUUAAACCCAGAAUUGGUCGUGCACCGUACCUUCCUCCUGCUGAGGAAGCUACUAUUGCUGCAUUGAAGAGAGCAUUGGGUGCUUUGAACACUUACCUUGCUUCAAACACCUUCUUGGUUGGGCAUUCUAUUACCUUGGCAGACAUAAUCAUGACAUGCAACCUUUAUUUGGGAUUUAAACAUCUCAUGAUUAAGAGCUUUACUUCAGAGUUCCCCCAUGUCGAGAGAUACUUUUGGACAAUGGUUAACCAACCAAACUUCAAAAACGUUAUCGGUGAAGUUACGCAGACUGAAUCAGUUCCUCCCGUUGAGUCUGCGAAGAAGCCUGCCAAAGAAUCUAAACCAAAGCCCAAGGAGGAACCAAAGAAAGAAGCCAAAAAGGAGAAAGUGGCACCAAAGCCUAAAGAAGAUGACGAGGAAGAAGUAGAGGCACCAAAGCCCAAAGCUAAGAAUCCUCUUGAUUCGCUGCCUCCAAGUAAGAUGGUACUGGAUGAGUGGAAGAGGCUUUACUCUAAUACCAAGACCAACUUCCGCGAGGUUGCAAUUAAAGGAUUCUGGGAUAUGUAUGACCCCGAGGGAUAUUCUCUGUGGUUCUGUGACUACAAAUAUGAUGAGGAGAAUACUGUGUCAUAUGUCACUCUAAACAAAGUAGGUGGAUUUCUGCAAAGGAUGGAUUUGGCUCGCAAGUACGCCUUCGGGAAGAUGCUUAUAAUUGGCACAAAUCCUCCUUACAAGGUGAAGGGAUUAUGGCUUUUCCGUGGGCAAGAAGUUCCUCAAUUUAUUAUCGAUGAGUGCUAUGACAUGGAGCUGUUCAACUGGACAAAGGUUGACAUCUCCGAUGAAGCUCAAAAGGAGCGCGCCAGCCAGAUGAUUGAAGAUGCUGAACCUUUCGAUGGAGAGGCACUUUUGGAUGCCAAGUGCUUUAAGUGAAGCAACUAAUUUCUCAUAAGUUAUCUAUAUUUGUUGUGUCCUUUAACUUUUUAAUUUUGUUUUUGUUCCCAUUGGGUAGUGAGCUUUGUAAUCUCUUGUCUUAGACAGAAAAGUUAUAGCAUUUUGUGAUUCGAGUUGUAUAGUAUUACGGUGUUUUGCUUUUAUGCCCAUUAUGUGGUCAUUGACAUGUUUGUCACCAUAAUAUUUGGUAAUAGUAAUUUUUGGCUAAA